UUCAAUUCAAUUUUAUUUAAAAGUUGGUGUUCGUUCAGAAAACAUUAAACUUUCUCAGAAUACGAUAUCAAACGCACAGAAGAAAAUUGAAGUUGAAUCAGAAUCUUAUUGUCUUCGUGCACAAGCAAUUCUCAAUUAUGAAGAUCCUGAGGUCAUUCUUUAUUGUGAAGACUCUGGAUCUCGAAUUUGUGGACGAUUCAUGAAAAAAGAAGAUAUCAAGAAGGAUGAAGAUAAGGGAAUCAAUUGUAAAGUAUAUUACCCUUUAGUGGGGAUUCGCACUUUGGCUCGACAAACUCCUCUGAAUGAAGUGGAAGAAUUUCUAAAGUCGACGCCUUUAAGGGUAUCAUAUUAUGACAGAGAGUUGGGGUCUUGUGAUUUCAGAUCAUAUCAAGUGACCGAUGUAACUGAUCAAAACUAUCAGACUAAAGAGCCUUUCAAACAAGCUCUUGUGGGCGCUAAGUUCUCUCAGAAUAUCGUUGAUGUCAUUCAGGCUAAAGGAGUUUCCAAUUUGGGUGAUUGUUAUCGUACCUGUGCUCAUGGUGAAGAUAAUUUGUGUGAAACUUUCGUAUUUUGUCAAUAUCCAGAUUCAGUGUCUUGUCUCACAUCCAAUAUUAUUUUUUCCACAAAUCUUGGAGUAUCUACUGAUUUAGUAGCUGAUCCCUCGUGUAAAAUCUAUUCUAAAAAUAAUCUAUUGGAUUACAUCAAAAUACCUUCGAGAAAGUUUACAAAUCCAAGUUCUAUCGCUAUUGAUGUUCAGGCUGAAGAUUGUGCGACUGCAUGUAGUGCUUCAAAUGAGUGUCUCUCAUUCCAGGAAUGUGGAUACUCAUGUACUUUUGGUGGUUAUUACACUGAUUCAAUGUCAACAAAAAGCGAUGAUUGCAAUAUUUAUAUUCCAAAAGUUUCACAUAAAUUCGCUUUCAAUGGAAAGAGAAUAAUCUCUGACGUUUUCCACACCGAGAUUAAUCUAAAUUUGGAUCAAUGCUGCUCUUUGUUAUAGUUGGACAAAUGCUGACGAAUCUUGUAAAUCGUUCAACUAUUGUCCUCAAAAUAAUGCAACUUCCUCAUGUAGUCUAACUAAAUAUUCAAUCAAAGAUAAAUCGAUUAAAAUCAGUGAUUCAAAUGUUUGCCAGAAUUAUGAGCU